AUGACCAAAGCUAUUGUGACUGGUCUGUUUGUGAUCACAUUAGGUAUUGUGACCUCUACCGCCGACGUGACUCCAUAUUUCCAAGUUCUAAUCCGAGAAAUCGACAAUCCAUCUGGCAAUUUAUUGGAUGGAACUCCGUGUACUCCUUUUGGAUUCACUGGUUUCGGAUGUAACACACUGUUGACUGGCGGAGUUGCUGUUGGCUCCGACAUCACGACUACCCUUUUGGGCACUGCAUUGAAUACGCAUGGAGAAACAAAAAUCUCAAAUUUGAAUCUUAUUAUGAAGGAUGUCAACGCGAAUGCUGCUACUGAGUUCACGUUUCAUUCGGAUAUAAAACCAAUACUGGGAAAGAUUUGA